CUGAUUCAAGACAACAUAGUUCUGUUCAGGACUCUACACUGGGGAUAAGGACAUGGGACUCCUCCUGCCAGAUUCCAGAUGGUUCAUUACAACUGACAUCUUGGUUGACAACUGUGAAAAGCAACUUUGGAUUAUUUUAUUUUAUUUUUGUGGGAGACCACAAUCCCCAAACUGUAGGACAUAUCAGGUUCCAUAUUUCUUGUAGAAUUUUAAAAUAACCUUUUCUAAUGAGGAUGUCUGAUAUUCUUACUGUAAAAGAUGAAACUGAUACAAUGAAGGGUUCAGAAGCUGAAUUUGAAGAUACAGACCCAGUUGAAAACCUUAUAAAAUCAGGAAGUCAGGAGCAGAUUCAAGCUGAAAAGGAUGAAAAUUGUCCUGAUGGCAAAAACAACAUGCCGCGGCCAGUGCAAUCUUUUGGACAGACAGCAAAAAGGUCAAAGUCAAACACAAAGUUAAAGUUAGUUCGGAGCCUUGCUGUAUGUGAAGAAUAUCCACCACCUCCUACAGCUGAAAUAUCACAGGACCUCCAGGAGAAAAUUCAGAUCCAGUUGUCACAGUCUUUUGAAAAAGAGGAAAAGCCUGCAAAAGAUGAAACAGAAAAAGAGAAAUCCGGUGAUAAACUGUCCAGAAAAAUGUUAUCAAGAGAUUCCAGCCAAGAAUACACGGAUUCCACUGGUAUAGAUCUCCAUGAAUUUUUAGUAAAUACAUUAAAAAACAAUCCCAGACCUGACCAAAAGUUUUGUGAACACAUAAAGGAUGAGAAGAGUGACGACUUCCAGAAGCGGUACAUCCUUAAAAGAGAUAACUCUAGUUUAGACAAAGAUGACAACCAGAUGAGAAUGCGAUUAAAAGAUGACAGAAGAAGUAAAUCCAUAGAAGAACGUGAAGAGGAAUAUCAGAGAGCUAGAGAGAGAAUAUUUGCACAAGAUUCCCUGUGUCCUCAAGAGAAUUAUUUCACUGAUAAAAGAAUCCAGGAGGAAGAAACUAAUAGUACACAACAAAGACGACAGAUACUUAGAAUCAAUAAGGAAGCAUCAGGGAGAUCUGCCAACAGCCAUCAGAGCAGUACUGAGAAUGAGGUGAAGUAUUGUGAGCCCCGUCCCUGGAGCAGCACUGACUCCGACAGCUCCCUCCGCAACCUGAAGCCAGCUGUAACCAAAGCCAGCAGCUUCAGUGGGAUAUCAGUUCUGACAAGAGGAGAUAGCUCUGGAAGCAGCAAAAGCACAGGCAGGCUGUCUAAGACAGGUUCAGAGUCUUCUAGUAGUGUAGGGUCAUCCACGGGUUCUCUUUCUCACACCCAGCAGCCUCUUCCAGUGCCAGCUCUAAGCCAGCCUUCUCAUGGCACAUCUGCCGUCUAUCCAACCGUCAGCACUAGUAACUCUCUUUCCUUUGAUGGUGGCAUAAGUGGGCAAGUGGCACCUACUAGCACUAGCUUCUUUUUGCUUCCCUUGGAAGCGGCAGGCAUACCGCCUGGCAGUGUGCUGAUCAACCCUCAAACAGGUCAGCCAUUCCUUAACCCCGAUGGCACUCCAGUUGUGUACAAUCCUCCUAUGCCUCAGCAACCUGUUAGGACCCAAGUGCCUGGACCUCCGCAACAGCCACCUCUUCCUGCCCACCCUCAGCAGCAGACAGCAGCUAAUCACAUCCUCUCACAGCAAGACAACCUAGGAUCACAAUUUAGCCAUAUGAGUCUUGCCCGCCAGCCCCCUGCUGACCCCACUGAACCUCACGCUGCUAUGUUCCAGUCCACUGUAGUCCUUCAGCCCCCACAGCAGCCUGGUUAUAUCAUCACAGCUGCUGCACCUCCACCACCCUCUGGCCAACCAGUUUCUGCCCCAGGCUACUCACCAUCUAGCCAUCCUGGCAACCAGCAAGUACUCCAGCAGCAGGGAUAUAUGCAGCAACCUGUGCCACAGAUGCCAGCUUGUUACUGUAGCCCCAGUCAGUACCCGCACUCCAGUCCACAGUACCGACCUGUUUCUGUCCAUUACAACACGCAGCAAAACCAACCUUUGGCACAGCCUGGGCAGCAGACAGGUUACCAGGUUUUGCCUAACCAGCAGCAAAACUACCAGGGUUUAGUUGGAGUCCAGCAGUCUCAGAAUCAAAAUCUAGUCAGUGGCCAACACAACAAUGUUGGGAAUCAAAUUCAAGGUGUGAUUGUUCCGUAUCCUUCAGUGCCAUCUUAUCAGGUUUCGGUGCCUCAAGGUUCCCAAGCAGUGCCCCAGCAGACAUAUCAACAGCCUGUUAUAAUUCCCAGUCAGUCAAAUCAAGGAUUGCCCAUUUACUACAGUGUCAUUCCAUCAGGUCAACAAAAUAAUUUAAGUUCAUCAGUAGGAUAUCUGCAGCCCCCUGGAUCAGAGCAGAUACAGUUUCCUAGAACAACCUCACCCUGCAAUUCACAGCAUCUUCAAGGACAGCAGUGUGCAGCACCACCACCAGGUGGGGGAGUAGUAAUGAUGCAGCUAAAUAUACCUAGCAAUCCUCAGCCUCGGAACCACUCACCUCCACAGUGGAAACAGAAUAAAUAUUACUGUGAUCAUCAAAGGGGGCAGAAGUCCACAGAACUUAGCACUUUAGACAGUGCUGCACAGCAUAGUCCUCAACUAGGUAGUCCUGUCACCUCACCGGCCCAGUCACCAGCACCAGCGCAGCUAUCAAACAUGAAGAACAUCCGUCCCACAUUAACACCUCUUUCUAUUGUGUCCCAGUUUUCUAGACCUUUUGUCCCUGGACAAGGAGAUGCCAGAUACCCAUUGCUUGGCCAACCCCUGCAAUACAAUCCACCAUCUUUAUUACGUGGACAAGUAACAAGCCAACAGUGUCAGCCUGGAAACAGACAUGGAAACAGGGGAAAGAAACCAGCAAAGAAGGCUGCUUCAGCCGAUCUUGGUGCAGGAGAACCAGUUGUGGGAAAAGUUCUAGAAAUUACUGAACUGCCAGAAGGCAUAACUUGUAUGGAAGCAGAAAAACUAUUUGGAGAACUUUUAAAAGUUGGUGCCAAGAUUCGGUGGCUAAGGGAUUCGCCGUGUCUACAAACACAGCAGCAGAACCAUCGUCGUUACCAUAGCAGCGUGAACACUGAGCCAUCUAAACCCAGUGACUUGGCUUCCACCUACACGGUUCUAGCUACGUUCCCUACAAUGUCUGCUGCUCAGAACGCAUUGAAGAAACAAAGUAGUACCUCAGUGAACAAGUUCAGGCUGAGAACGAGCAAGAAGCACUACGACUUUCAUGUUCUGGAAAGGGCUAGUUCUCAGUAGUAGUUACAUCAGUGGACACUCAGCCUUUACUACUUCCAUGUCCUCUCCUCAGUUGGAUUGAUGUUGUGGGGUUUCUGCGCUCUUCAUAGAGAUUCCUGGGAUGUGUUAUCUUAUGACAUUAGCCAUUGAAGAAUAAAUAACCCAGUGAUCCAGCAAGAUGAAGAAAAAAAAUACAGAGUUAAUCCCAGACAAUAGCAAGGAAUCAUCUUUGAGACAGGCAGCUGUCUACAAGGAAUGCUGUUGAAAUGUCCCCUACUUUUAUAGUAGUUUUGUUUUAUAUUUUUGAAUUCUUGUAUCAGAUCCAAAGUUUUAUUGUACAGCAAACGUUCAUAAAAAUCCAUAUUCAGAUUUGUAUUUUAUAAUCCCUUUUCACAGCCAGCACACAGCUGUCCAUUCCAAGGCAGGAACCUGAGGAUUGGUGGAGGGGAAAAGAGAACCACUUUCAAGGAAUUACACUCAUUUUUCUAGCAAACUAUCCCAGAUGCUCAAGUUAACCUGUUCUUUAUCCCUUGUGUUUUCUUUUUUUUUUAAGAAAAAACCCCAUAAUUUUAAUAACUCCUUAGAUGGUAAUUUUCUUUUGAGAUUCAUUUGAGCAAUGUCAAAAGAAGUAACAAGGAUGUUGUACCCUUGAAGGAUUUGCUUCUGAUCCAGCGAGUUUAAUCAUUAUUUAAAGGGGAAUAUGAAUAGGUUACAAAGAAUGUUCACUGAAUCACAUUUUAAUAUUUCUUCUUUUUAGCAAAAAUGUGAAGAAACUAAACUGUAUCUUCACAAGUGACAAAAUGUUUGCACUUUAAUUGUGUUCCCACCAGUAUGGAUCUCUUUCUCUUCCUUUUCACGCUAUGAUUAUUGUUUGAUAAGUGCUGGAAACCUUUUUAAUGGUUUAAGUUUUCAUCAUUUACAGAUGCUCACUGGACAUUAAAGAUUCAUUGCACAUAAAUGAAACAAACUUUUUUCAAUUUGUGUAAUUUGCAAGGCUGUACAAUGUGUGCUGAUGCAAGCCUUUUUCAGUUCAAGAAAAUAAAUGUUUACAAACACAAA